CUUUGUGAAAAACUCAAGGCAUCAGUGGUGAGAGCUCAUUCUGUUGAAGUGGCCGGCUUUUGAACCAUGCCCCAGUCUGAGCACCAGGAAAGCUAAGUCCACAGGGAGAAGUGCAGCUUUGGGAACUAGGGCCUUGCAUUGUGAUUUAUUGCUACAGGAGGAGUGAGUAGAGGAGAGAACCUCUGAAGACUUGGACAAAGAGAGAGACAGAGACAUGAGUCCUGCGCACUGCAGCCCGGUGAAGACAGAAUAUAAUAUACACGUGAAACCAUAACUGCAGGAAAACAUCCAUCUCACUACUGGUAACAAAAAGGGAGGCCUGGAGGGAGUACCAGUAGCUGCCCAUCUAUCCAUUCAGUCAGCCAGCAGCAAUGCAAGGGCUGAUGUGGAGUCUGUGCGCCUUGCUCUGCCUCUCCCUCUGGCAGGAAAGUUACUGCAGGAGCUCCAGGGAAGCCCGGAGGACCAAAGAGCCUUCUCUCCACAGGAGUAAAAGAGCUCCUCUGGAUCCUGAUGCCAAAAAAUGCUCUUAUACCUUCCUUGUACCUGAGCAGAGAAUCACAGGUCCAAUCUGUGCCAGCACCACAGGCCCAGAGCCAGACAAGGAAAGAGUGACCCGUAUGGAGAUUGCAGAUGUGCGGGAAGUGCUCAACAAACAGCGCCGUGAGAUUGAGACGCUGCAGCUGGUGGUAGAUGUGGAUGGUAACUUGGUGAAUGAGAUGAAGCUGCUGCGGAAAGAGAGCAGGAACAUGAACUCCAGGGUGACCCAACUAUAUAUGCAGCUGCUACAUGAGAUCAUCAGGAAGAGAGACAACUCCUUGGAGCUUGCCCAGCUGGAGAACCGUGUCCUCAAUGUGACCUCAGAGAUGAUGCGACUGGCUUCAAGGUAUAGGGAGCUAGAGGCCCGUUUUGCCACAAUGGCCGGAGUGGUCAACAACCAGUCCAUUCUCAUAUCUGCACUGGAGGAGCAGUGUAUGAGGACGCUGGGACGCAGUGAGUUGCCUGCAGUUCCCCCUCUGGUGCAGGUGGUACCGCAGAAUAUACCAGUCAACAACCGUUUCACGAAUGAGAUACAGAGGGACAAUAACAACAGGGAGUUCUCCCGUGGACCACGCAUCAACCCACCUACAAUAAGCCCUUUUGGGAUUGACCCUCCACCACCGCAAGGAACGCUUACCUCUGAUGGUCCCUUCAAGGACUGCUACCAGGUGCGAAAGGCAGGCUACACCACCAGUGGCAUGUACCUUCUAAAGGCAAACGGCAGUGACCGACUGAUCCAAGCCUGGUGCGAGCAUGGCCUCGACAAUGGAGGAUGGACAGUUUUGCAAAGGAGGAAAGAUGGCUCUGUCAACUUCUUCCGUAACUGGGAGAACUACAAGAAAGGCUUUGGUAACAUAGAUGGCGAACACUGGCUCGGACUGGAAAACAUCUACAAUCUUACGAAACAGGGUGAUUACAAGCUGAUGAUAGAGCUGGAAGACUGGACAGGAAAGAAGGUGUAUGCCGAGUACAGCAGCUUUCAUCUGGAGUCUGAGAAGGAGGGCUACCGGCUCAGGCUAGGCACCUACCAGGGCAAUGCUGGUGACUCCUUUAGCAGUCACAACGGCAAACAGUUCACUACACUCGAUCGUGACAAGGACUCCUUCUCUGGUAACUGCGCCCAUUUCCACAAGGGCGGCUGGUGGUACAAUGCCUGUGGACAGACCAAUCUGAAUGGGGUGUGGUACAGCGGGGGAGUUUACCGCAGCAAGUUUCAGGAUGGAAUCUUCUGGGCAGACUACGGGGGCGGUUUCUACUCCCUAAAAUCAGUCCGCCUCAUGAUGCGGCCAAUUGACUAAGACCAUGAACCGUGGUUCUUUCAGAUGCAUCUCAGUCUCCAUCCUUCUCUUUCUCUACCCAUAAAUAAAUAAAUACUGUAAAGGCAGAAGCAGGAAUCUCUGCCACAGCUGAGGAAGAGGUAGUGACAUGUUUAUGGCCAACAGUCCACUCUGUGGCUAGUUAACUGUUACGCUGACAUGAAGACUGAUACCACUGCCUUCCCCAAGUAACUACUCUCCACCUCCUAUCAGUGUGGACAGUCCAUCAAGUUCCCUGAGGCCUUUUAGUAUGACUAUGUCCUAUUUUACUCACUCUUCUUGAGAUUAAGUAUGUUAUAAAGGGAAAUUAUUAUUUACUACAGUGAUGAGAUUUCUUCUGAGCAGCUAAUGGUGACUUAUUGAAAGUAGUGUUCCCCAUAGGAUGGGGCAUUGAAUAAACUGCGAUGUUUAAUCGUGGUAGCAUGAAAAUGAAUGCAAUCUAAAGUAGUGCUGAGAAGACCUGACCAACAGUGAGAGGAAAUAAAUAGUUCACCUACUGUCUACUGUUUCUACUGGAUUUUCUGGACUUCUGGGGCAACGACCGACCCCCAGCAUCCACUCACAAACCCACCGACCGAACAGAAACAGAACCUGUGCAACAAUGUGCUUGUUCAAUGUGCAUAUGGCUGAGACCGCUUUAGUAUGUAAAUAUCUUUGGCUUUAUUUGUGAAAGUUAAUUUAAAAAGGUUGUGAUUCUACUCAGGCCAAAUGUUCACAAUGUCAUCACUCUGCCAUUCUUUGUUAUUUAUCAGUGUAUUUAUAUUUAAUAAUAGUCAUGGUAUUGUUAUAUCUAGCCCUGUAACAGUACAAUUCUUUACACUUUUCUUAUCCAGUGUAGAAAUGCAUUAGUAGCACUUCAACACACAUACACACACACACAUGCAAACACACAAGACAAAACUAACCUGGAGUGGAUAUCUAGUUGACUUUAGGAUGGACAAGUUGUGACAUGAACUACCAGCCAUCAAAGAAUUAAAUUCUUUCAUAAACAAACUGUCUCACUUUUCACUAAGCUUCUUGUUCUAAUAAAUAGCAGGAGUUUCAUAAAAUCAUUUCCCACACGAAUACAACUGCAAGUGUCAGUGUGUAAAAUAUUAGCACAGCAAUUUUAUUUAUAAAGGAUGACAGCAUCGCCUAAGAUAAGCCACUUUAUUGGAUCUGAUUUAGUUGCAAUCCAAGCUGUCAUAGCACUGAGUAAGAUCAGGGAGACUUCCAAUUAAAGGAAGCGAACAGAACAGAAAUUAGCUCUGACCACACACGGGGACAGCAUUUACAAAUUUACAGUAGGUCAGAUGUGAGACAAGAAUUGUCAUUUAUGUCCCGUUUAGCCGAAGAUACAAAGCCAUCUCAAAUUUUUCAGAAAACUUAAUAAAACAACAUAAACUGCCAUCAUUAAACAUCUUCUAAUUUGGAAACAAGUCAACAAACUAGUAUUGACCAGUCAUCUUAAAUUAUGGCUCCACUAGACUUUUCUUUUAGAAGAACUGUAAGUCAAAGCAGACCGAAGCUUUGCACUCUAAAGGUCCGGGGCAGAUGAGGACUAGCCGUACUAGAGCCUGACGCAGAGGACUGUAGGUUACAGGAAUCGGUUAUGAAAACCUCCCGGCCCCAACCCCGCUGGCAGGAUUUUUGAUGUGAGAUAUUUGACACUUUAAACCUGCUGUUUUCCAUUACAUUAGUUAUUCCAAACUCUGAUGCUCGUGUCCCACAGCUACCACUACUCAGCAACAGCAAGCUGUUGUUGGAGCACCACUGAGCUUAAUUCUGGCAUUCUGUAAAAAUCUCUCUCCCCUAACAAGAGGCCAAAAACAGAAAAUACAUGCUACAGCAUCACGUUAAUAAAAUUACACUGGGACUAUCAUAAAUAUUAACAAGCUCUUGAUCAGUGACAUCCUGUUCAGAGAAGUGUAGCACCAAGUUACACGAACACAAAGGAUAUUUUUAAUCUGUUUGUGCAACCAAGCAGAUCGCGGCCAACAGCUGUUGGUUCAACUGUGUAAUUGAAAUCGAAAACUUUAUUAUUUUUAGCAUUUAAAAUCAGAUGCAAAUCAAAUAGGUUUUAUUUUCUUCCAUGUGUACAGUACCUAUGAUCCUGUAUUAGAUAUUAGAUCACUUGUCGAGCAGUGUUUAGCAAUACCAAAGACAUUGGUGGCAAAGUUUUGCUACUGGUGUACUGCUUUUGCUAGACAAGGUAGAAGGACAGGAAAUAUUUUAAACUACAUGAAUGGUUUUAUUCCUAGAGUUAACCCAUAUGUUUCUAUGGGCUCUUUGUCCCUACGUGAUUUGCUAGAGAUCAAGGAUGUGAGCUUAGACAGGAGGCAGCAGUGUCUGCCAAACCUAAUAGUAGGUCAGAGAUCAGACUGUUGCACAUAUACACAGUUCAGCACAAAUGUGUCACUGUAGAGCCAACACAUGGCUCUUUCUCCAGACCGUUUAUUGCCAGUGAUAGGCAUCACACCCAAAAAUAAUGGAAAUUGAGCACAGUCACAAACAUGUCAAGAAGUCAUUCAAAUAUAGUUUAGAAAACGAAACCUUUUGGUAAGAAAAAAAAAACCAACAUGGUCAUUUUAGCCCUCUGUUCUAAGUCGGGACUUUAAUUUACGGCAACACCCAAAUUCAGCAGGUACUGUGUUUAGACACCAGAGAGGUCAAUAUGCGAACAUCAAGAGAAACCAAACUCAAAUUUAUUCCUUAAACACACCCAACACUUAGCUGGGAGUGAUGCUCUGGAACAAGCACUGCGACUCUCAGUCUCCUGCUCAUUCAUUCCCGUUUUCUCCACCCUCGGAGGAAUCGGGAGAAUUUACGAUUAAGGGAAAUGUGCAGGAACAAGAAAGUGGCAAUUUCUCUUUCUCUCGAGCGCCAGGUUGGCUCGAUCCAGUCCUGAGGCAGCCAGCUGGUCACACAUCCACAAGCAUCAUAGACAAGUUUAUACUGUAAGUAAAGACCAUGCAAAUCCCACAUAUAUGCCCUAGAAAACUCCACCCCAAGACAGAGCAACAAAUGACGAAUGACAAAAGCUUACCGAAAAGUAAGUUUCCUUCUGAUUAACAUAUACACAAUGACGACACAGUUUAGAUGUGCAUUUGUCUUAUUGUUUUACAGACAUCCAUGAUGGAGCACAGUGUGGGAAAAUGGGUGACUUAAACUUUCUUUAAUGGCAAACAGACUCUUGCGCGCUGCGUAUUUGCUUGUGUCUGUUUGUUUGUGCAUACUUGAGUGUCCAAGUCUGAAUCGCACAGGGGUAGCUGUGAUACGAGGCUGAUUGAAAGGGAGGGACUGUGGCAGGUUAAAAAAAAGUUAUUUAGCCAACCUGAAGUCAAAACAAGAACAAACAGUUCAGCUAUAAAACCACACACAUGGGCAUGAACGUUUUCCUUGCAAACUCGUAAGGGAUUCCUGUGUGAUGUCAUACUGUGGAGCCAGGGGGAAAAAGGAAUAUGAAUAUUCAAGGGAAGGAAAAAAAAA